AUGGAGGUCAUUGACCUGGAAUUCACAUCAACUGCUGACGCAGUUCUGGCCGCGGUCAAAAAAGCCAUCCUUGAAGCGAGCAAAGGAGACGCCAAAGUAGCUGCCGCUUGCGGCGAUAUCUCUGUCACCUCCAUGUGGAGACUCACAAAUUUUCAGCAAGUUGCGAAGGUCAGAGUACCCAGAUCGGUGAAACCAACAGAGGUCAGUCACGUCAGGGUCGGCUGGACGAACUGUCGCUUCAAGAUCCGUCGUCCAGAAGCCAUCAGAUGCUCCGGCCCUGAUAUGAGUGACUCCUAUCGCAAAUGUGGGGACAAGUCUCACAAGGAGAAGGAGUGCCCUUCUGACAAAUGCGUUGCCUGUGACCGCGCUGGACUGAAGCUGGGUCCUCACAGACCUGGGUCCGCUGCCUGCGGCGCCAAGCGCACAGCUGGGCUCUGCCGCUCAAACAACCGCCGCAAUGAUUAA